GUGUCUACAGUGUUUAUGGAUAUAUGAAAUCGUUUCAGAUAUUAAUUUAGUUUAAUUUCCCUGGAAUGUCCUGGGAAUACAAUAGGCGCGCAAUUUGGAUGUGGUGUGAACGUUUGGGAGGAGAGUGGGAGGUUAUCCUGACACGUGAAUGCUCCCAUAGGAGCACAUUCAUCCAUCCAUCUCCUCCAACUCUAGCGUGUUCUGGUCUCGGAGCCAGAGGAAAAGUUAAAGGGAGAGGAAUUUAGGGGCAGACUGAUAUACUCAGGGGGGCAGUUACUGGCAAGAGGGGCUUUAAAGGACGAAUGGCGAAAACGUGCUCUGGAUUCGGGAGGUUUUCCCCCUAAUGUUGACAUAACGGUUCGCCUCUUGCACAUAUAAAAGUCGUUUAGUAAAGUUUGGGACACUUCUAAAGCGCAAUGGCUGACCCGUUGAGUUUCAUGCAUCAGUCGGAUCAGGGCUCUAGCAGCGAAAGGAGCGACGAUUCCCCGUCUGCCGUGUCAGAGGAUGACUCGAGCGGCCACUGUGGCCACAUCUCCCCGCCUGACCCAGACUGGACCGAGGAGAGGUUUCGAGUUGACCGCAAGAAGCUAGAAACUAUGUUACUGGCAGCCAGUGAGGGGAGGAUAAAUGGAGGAGAGGAUUUUUUUCAGAAGGUCAUGGAUGAAACCAACACUCAGAUCGCCUGGCCGUCUAAAUUGAAGAUUGGGGCCAAGUCCAAAAAAGAUCCACAUAUUAAGGUCAGCGGAAAGAGGGAAGAUGUGCGAGAGGCAAAGAAAAAAAUAAUGUCCGUUCUUGACACAAAGAGUAAUCGCGUAACCCUGAAGAUGGAUGUAUCCCACACGGAACACUCGCAUGUGAUCGGAAAAGGAGGGAAUAACAUCAAACGGGUGAUGGAAGAGACGGGUUGCCACAUACACUUUCCUGACUCCAACAGACACAGUCAGGGAGAGAAGAGCAACCAGGUAUCAAUAGCGGGGCAGCCAACUGGUGUAGAAGCAGCAAGAGUUAAAAUACGAGAGUUGCUGCCAUUGGUGCUGAUGUUUGAAUGUAGUGGGGUGGUACAGCAGGUGGACUGUAGCUCUCCUGUAGUUCAGCAUAUAUCCCACACUUACAACGUCUCCAUUUCCUUCAAACCACCCUCCCAUCUCUAUGGUAACACUGCCAUUGUCCGUGGCAACCAGAACAAUGCCAAUGGCGUUAAGCGAGGAACAGCUUUGCUAUUGGAGCACCUUGCUGGGUCUUUAGCUGGUUCUGUUCUGGUCAGCACACAACUGGACAUCGCACCCCAGCACCACCUCUUCUUGUUGGGUCGCAAUGGAGCCAACAUCAAACACAUUACCCAGCACACGGGAGCCCACAUACACUUCCCUGACCUCAACACAACCCUUCAUUCCCCCACAUACACUAGCCGCUCCGCAGUCUACAUACAGGGAAGCAUCAACGCCGUAUGUGCAGCUAGACAGCAGCUCAUGGGCUGUCUGCCACUGGUGUUGAUGUUUGAUAUUAAGGAGGAGAUGGAGGUAGCGUCUCAGGUCUACACUGCACUUAUGGAGCAGCUAGAUGUCUUCAUCAGUAUUAAACCCAAACCAAAACAACCCAGCAAGUCUGUGAUUGUGAAGAGUGUGGAAAGGAAUGCUGGUAGUAUGUAUGAGGUACGUAGGAUUCUGUUGGGGCUGGAGUCCAGCUGCAUCCCCUCCUCCAUUAGUCCUGUCGCUGUUAACGGACAUACUUCUGCCUUCCCUCCCCUGAUUUGCUCCAUUGGACUGGACACUCUAGCCUCAGCUGGACUGAGGCUAAGCACUCUGUCUGGUCUUCUAAGAUCUUCAAUCAGCCCUGUUCCUAACGGUUCCCCCAACCCAACCUGUGUUCUUAAUGGACACGGCUCUGUGUUAAACAUCCAGAACGGAGCUGUGAAUAACACACAGCACAUUCACACACCUGCUCACUCACACACACAUUCACAUGCUUCUGGUCACACAGCAUCCUUUUGGCCCAGUGCUCUAAGUUCAACAGCUAACAUAGCAGAGUUUUCCUCUGAUCUGAUGUUGCAGUCCAUGUCUCAUUCGACUCUUAGUGGCCUUCUGCUCUCUGGAGUCCAGGGUCAAACACACACACCAUCCCCUCCACCUGGACUCGCAACGAUACACAAACCAGCCAGCACCGAACAUCUCAAUGGACAUCUUGGUAGUCCUGUGUACAGUAGGAUCUCGUCUGUAUCACUUAAGCCCACCCACUGUGACUCUGCCCAGGAAGUCAUCGGACAUGCCAAGUCCGAAUCCAUUUCCAAUAAAUCUACAGAUGAAGGCUCGGAUACAUUUGUUGAAGUGGGCAUGCCCAGAAGCCCGUCUCAUUCAGCCAAUGGGAGUGAGCUAAAGCAGAUGCUGAGCUCUUGCACGGCAUCAUCAGGGAAACGACAAACAAUGGAACUUCUGCAGAGAACCAAGAACUCGCUUCUGCAUGUGGCGUGUGUGUUGGCAGAUUCUGAAUGUGAGAAUACAGUGACUGAUAAAAGAGCACCAGGAAGUGAGAGAGCAGCAGAAAGAAGACUGGCACCACAUAUACAGGCUUUUGACUAUGAGAAAAAAAAGUUACUAGCCACUAAAGCCAUGUUAAAGAAGCCGGUUGUAACAGAGAUUCGGACCCCAACAAAUACCUGGAGUGGGUUGGGCUUCUCGAAAUCAAUGCCAGCCGAGAGCAUUAAAGAGCUGCGCAGGGCGAACCAUGUGCCAUACAAACCCAGCAUGAGCACGACAUAUGAGGACUCUCAUCUGUCUAUGUCACUCUCUGGGAGUCGAGAAAGUUUGGGUAAUGGCACAGAAUCUGAUAAUUGGGGUGAUCGGAACGGGAAUGUUAACAUCAAUGGGAACGGACUCUCAGGAAACUCUGAAUUUUCCCCUGCUGUCAGCAGCCCAAAGAAAAUCAAGAACAAAUCUAGUGAACAGUAUCUCAGCAGCAAUUAUAUGGACAGUAUCUCGAUAUCAGGUGGUAAUGGCUGCUCUCUCAGCUCAUCCCUUAAAGGAACAGAACUCCCUGAGCUUUUCAGCAAACUCGGUCUUGGCAAGUACACAGACAUCUUCCAGCAGCAGGAGAUUGAUCUGCAGACAUUUGUCACCCUGACGGAUCCAGAUCUGAAGGAACUCGGAAUCACAACGUUUGGUGCUCGCAGGAAAAUGUUACUUGCGAUUUCAGAGCUGAACAAGAGCAGGAGAAAGCUCUUUAACACACCCAACAUCCGCUCCUCCUUUUUAGAAGGCGGGGCCAGUGGUCGCCUGUCGCGCCAGUUCCACGCAAACGUGGCGAGUGUCAGUGGUCGCUGGUGAUCUCAUAUCUUUACGUGCUCACAGGUAUCCAUCCACUCCAUGGUCCUGCCUUAGAGGUGAACCAGAUAUCCCUUAUCUAAACUGGACUGUGGCUCUUAUUCUUACUGGACUCUAGUUGAUGUAGAAAGCCAUAAUGAGAUGUGACGACUGUGCCUUUAAAUAUACAAAAAAGAAAUUGUUCAAUGUUGUUAAGAGAAUGUGCCAAUAAUUUUGUCUCGCAUUUACUCUGGGUUAACAGGCAAAGGCACAGAGAUAAAUAACUAACCAUACUGUCAGCAAGCACGCUUCGGUAUUGGUGUCUAGCACUUUAAUCUGUAAACUCUGCUGUUUUUGCCUGUUGGUUGUAUGCAACUUUUUUUUUUUUUUUUUUGGUAACUUCAGUCUUUCCAGUGACAAAGCCAAACACAUGCACUUAUUUAGCAGGAAUUUCCAGGUCACACACAAAGAUCAGCUGCUUGGUAAUCACAACCAGCUGAUGCUAAUGUUGUUUACCGCUUUAGAUUGACUGUUUUUUCAUGUUCAGUAUUUAAUUACUGAUUGGCCAUUGCAGUGUUGUUUUAUUUUAUAGUUGCAUUAUGUCCUCAUAUUUUUAUGUUAAUCUUUUUUAAGAGGCAUUAUCGGUUUACAUAUAUUUUUUCCAUUUGUUACAGCUUUUUAGUUGACAUCUUUUGUUGUUUGUUUAGAUUGCUUUCUUCUUCACUAGAACUUCUCACAGUCAUCUCAAACAGAUGUCAGUCCGAAUGGAUCCACUCAGUUUCUAUGUGGCAAAAAUGAAGUCUGUUUGUUUUCUUCUGAACAAUGUGAAGAAUAGCAGUACGCCUGGAGUGAUGUAGAAAAAAUUAAAUAUCGGUUCUUAUUUUGUUUUAGGAAUAUUUGUUUCAUCAGUUGUAUUUACGUUUGACCUGUAGCACAAACAUAAAAUAUUAUUUGCAUUAGCUGCUAUACCUAAAAAUGUAAUUAGGUCUAAAUUCUAAGCGUUUUGAUUGAGUUUGGCGAGUGUUUGUCAGUGUGUGUGAGUGUGUGCAUGUGUGUGUGUGUGUGUGUAUGUGUAUCCGUCACUCGAAGCACAAAGUCAUAUAUGAAACUCAAGGGCUACUGUCAUUAAACCUAUGAUUUUCAGUGUCUUUGAUUUUCAGUGUCCUUGACCAGAAAUUAAUUUUUUUUUUCAUCUGUUUAUACUUAAUAUUCUUUCAUUAGUUAUUUCAUUAGAAUUUGUUUCUGUUUUUCCAACCAGAUUGUGUAUGUCAUCUUUGAAAGUAUUCAGAGUAAACAAGGUUAUGUGGCCUUUGGUAUAAGAUUUGUAGUGCAUUCACGGUACAGGCUGAAAUGAAGAAUGUAAACCAUGUAGAAAAAUCUUUUGCAACGUAUCUAUUGUUAAAUACUAACAUUUAUCAGAAGAAACCAUGCUUAACUCUUUUAUAUGCCUUUGAGUUUGUUUUUGUUUUAUGGAAGAAAAAAAUAUUACACAAAAAGUUUGCAGUAUUCUUAUAUCAUUGCUCAGUGAUAUUAGUAACCUUUGUUGCACAUUAAGUCCAAAGUAAAAUUCUUGUAUGGUUCACGUGCAAAAUAUGGACUUGUAGAGAUUAUAUUCUUCACAAUAGUGGAACCAAUGUAUAUGGUUACAUUUCUUACAGAGCAGGGAAUCCUGUGAGGGUUUGUGAUCGAGAUUCAUUUUCUUUCUGUCUUUACAUUUGACAAAUCAUGUCUGUUCACUGAGUUAUUUCCCACUUUUCACCUGAAAUAACUUUACUGUUGCAACAGUCUUUUUUCCCCAUAUUUUUCUAAGUGAACAACUGUGUUGUUCUGUUUAUAGGUUGUGCUAACUUUGUCUUGAAGUAGAGCAUUAUGGGAGCAGAACUUUUGUUUUGGUUUUUCUGGAUGUGAAUAGAAUUACAUUUGAAUCUUUGACAAAGGGAACAAUGUUCAUGUUUUUGCCUUUUAAAAAUGUUCUGUAAGUCUAAAUCAGUGUCCCUAAAAUGGACAAAAGCCAUUUGCUGCCUGUGAUUUGUGUUGCCAGAGUAUUACUAUCUGAAAGUAACAGAAAAAAGGGAAUACGAACAAAAGUAAAAAAAAAAAAAAGAAAAGCAAAAAUAUUUGAAAUGUUCACCACAGAUUUGUGGUAUUGUUCCAGAAAAUAAAAAUGUA